GGCGUCAGUCGGCGCGUCGCGUCUGCAGCUACCUCAGCUCGCGUUCUGUCCGUGAUGGCGGAGCGCAGCGGCGACGGUUGUUCCGCGCAGUCAAGCUAGAGCCCUAACGAGCCCCGGUACCGGCCGGACCAGACGACGGUAUGAGCUGAAGCUUCGGGAUGAGACGAGAGCCGAACUGAGCCGAGCCGAGCCGCGCUACUGCUGCUGAGUGGCGUUUAGACCGGCGUGAUGACGGAGGAGCGCUGUCCUCAGCUGGUGGAUUAUUUCGUGGUGGCGGGUCUGUCAGGCGCCGGGUCUCCGCUGGACGAGGAGGGUGAGCGGAGGGGCGUGAGAACGCUGCAGCCCGUCACUGAUCUGGCUGUGAUCGCCCGCGGUCUCGGGGAAGACGUUCCUGAGGGAUUCACCUGCAUCGAGAAGACCCAAGCAGGCCAUCCGGCGGAGCUGAGCGCAGGCCUGCUCAACAACACACACAUGUUCCUGUGCUACCGCAGAGGACACGACAAACCACCCGUCGUCGAGCUCGGUGUUCUGUACGAGGGCAAGGAUCCGGUCCGGUCGGGAUGGCAGGUGAUCGAGACGACUCCGUACAGUCGUUCUGCGAGCCUGAGCUCCGGCGGUCCUGCGACGCACCGCACUUUCCUGAUGUUCCGCCGAGCGCCGGACUCACAGGCGCUGAACACGCUGGGCAUCACUGAGAUCUCGCUGCUGAUGCCUAGCAAGGGCGAGACGGCGCCGCACACCUACUGCAGAGUGGACAAGAACCUCAACACCGGCAUGUGGGGUCCGGCGCUGUAUCUCUGCUACAAGCGUUCAGUGGCUAAAGCAAACGCUCUGGUGUAUGAGGCAGGUCUGAUCAGUCGCUAUCCUGAGGAGGAUCUGGAGUCGUUUCCGCUGCCGGACUCUGUUCCGGUCUUCUGUCUGCCGAUGGGUGUGACGGUAGAGAGCUGGCCGCUCAACACUAAAUACCAGCUGCCCAUCUUCUCCACCUUCGUCCUGACUAGCGCCUCCGGAGACAAGGUGUACGGCGCUGCGAUCCAGUUCUACGAGGCGUACCCGCGCGAGUCUCUGUCGGAGCGUCAGUGUGUGCGUCUGGGUCUGCUGAGUGUCGUGGACCGGCGGCCCAUCACCAACCGCAGCGUUCAGGUCAAGAAGAGCAUCUGCGUUCUCUCACACUGGCCCUUCUUCAGCGUCUUCCAGAAGUUCCUCACCUUCAUCUACAGAUACUCCAUCUCUGGACCGCAUGUGCUGCCGCUGGAGAAGCACAUCUCAAGCUUCAUGCACAACGUCCCGUUCCCGUCCGCUCAGCGUCCUCGGAAUUAACUGUGUCUCUCUUCGUAUGAUAAUCUGCUGCUCUGUCAGCCCGUGUCAUCUCCGCUGCCGCUCAGUGGGGCCAGUUUUGUGAAGCUGCUGCAGAAUCUGGGUCCUGAGAACGCGUGUUCGCUGCUGCUGGCGGUUCUGACCGAACACAAGCUGCUGCUGCACUCGCUGCGGCCCGAUGUUCUGACGUCCGUCAGCGAAGCGCUCGUCUCCAUGCCGUUUCCUCUGCGCUGGCACUGUCCGUAUAUCCCGCUGUGUCCGCUGCGGAUGGCAGAUGUGUUGUGCGCGCCCAUGCCCUUCAUCGUGGGCGUCCACUCCAGCUACUUCGAGCUUUACGAUCCGCCGACUGACGUGGUGUGUGUGGAUCUGGACACCAACACCAUCUUCCAGUCUGAAGAUAAGAAGCCUCUGUCCUGGAGGUCUUUGCCGAGGAAACAUGGGAAAAUCCUGCUGAACUCUCUGUCCAACCUGCACAAAACUCUGGAGAAGAUCUAUACUCCGGGUCAGGAGGAGGCCACGCUGGAGUUCCUGCUGACGGAUUACGAUCUGAUCUACGGCCGUCAGAAGCAGCUGGAGCUGGAGAUCCAGGAGGCGUUCCUGCGCUUCAUGAGCUGUUUGCUGAGAGGAUACCGAUCCUUCCUGCUGCCCAUCACACAAGCGCCCUCCGACCGAACCACGGACUGCAGCUCGCUCUUCCACCUGCAGGGGUUCCUGAAGUCUCGCGAUCGAACGCAGCAGAAGUUUUACACGCAGCUCACAAAGACGCAGAUGUUCACGCAGUUCAUCGAGGAGUGUUCGUUCGUCAGCGACCGCCACGGCUGCCUCGAGUUCUUCGACGAGUGCGUGCAGAAGGUCAGACGCUCACCUGCAGUCACCUGACCGCAGCGGCCAAUCAGAUCGCUCCUGUAUCACCUGUGUGUGUCUGUGUCAAGUCACCUUUAUUUAUCAAGCGCUUAUAACAAUACAGAUUGUCCAGCAAAACAAUCACAAGCCAUGUGCUUGAACAAAACAAGACACGAACACGCAGCUAAUAAGAAUACUCAUAAGCCGCGUGUUCACAUAAGACAUGACAACAUGAAAGCACGCAAGUACAUGUUCACGGUUUCGACGGUGCCGGAGAUGUGGUCCAAAUGCCUGCUGGGUCACUGCUACGGACUCUGGUUCAUCUGCUUACCAACAUUCGUCAGAGCAGAGAGCACUAAAGUCCGAGCGCUGCACGCCGCAUACGAGGUGCUCAAACACAUGGAGACACGCAAGGUGGUGCUGCCAGACGAGGUGUGUUACCGUAUCCUCAUGCAGCUGUGCGGUCAGUACGGUCAGCCGGUUCUCGCGGUCAGAGUUCUGCUGGAGAUGAAGCGGGCGGGAAUUACACCCAACACCAUCACAUACGGAUACUACAAUAAAGCGGUGCUAGAGAGCAAAUGGCCAUCCACCAAUCAGGGAGGGCGUCUUCGCUGGGCGAAGCUGCGUAACGUGGUAUUGGCCGUGGCUCAGUUCAGGCAGCCAAUCAAACAGCAGCAGAGGAGCGCAUCAUUCAGCACCCCCGCAGAAGACGUACUGUCCAAGCCCCGCCCCCACUUGGCUCUGAUUCGUCAGUCCAGCUGGAGCGGGUUGAGUGAAAGCUCGAGCCACGAAUCGCUGACGAGUCUGGCCAAGAGCAACAGUCUGAGCAGCGUUCAGGCGUCAGGAGGCAAGCUGAAGCUGUUAAAGAAAGCAGCUGCGCAGACGGCCGCAGCCUCGCACAAGCCUCCCGCCGGCCGCCGCAACACGCUGAGUCCUCCGGCGCCUGUGCUUGUGCGCCGCAGCGACGUCUGCCUGUCCACCUUCUACAGAGACUGCGCAGAGAACGCAGACGCAGACUGCAGAUGUCAGCCGGAGAGGGACAGCAGGUCGGUGGAAGUGAGGGAGACUCUGAACAAAAAGUCGGUGGAUGAAAACUACAACAACGUGCUAUCUCCGAGCCGCGGUCUGGCCGGGAAACUGCAGCAGCUGCUGACGCCCACGAGGAACCGUGCAUCGGUGCGACGAGCCGCUAGCGUAGACGACCGGCGGCCGGGAGCGAACGGACACUCGCGCCAGAAACCCUCGCGCAAGAGCCAGAUGACCGAGAGUCUGCUGAAGGCCAAGGAGCGGCUGUACAACGCCACGUCUGAGAGUUCUCUGUCUGUAGGGAGUGACAUUGACAUGACGGACAUUCAGACGCUGGUGGUUCCUCACAGGAAGUCGUGGGAUUCUGCACAGGAAGGGGCGGGCAUUGAGGUGCUGAUGUCGAGCUGCUCGCUGUGCCGCAGCUGUAAUUCUCUGGUGUAUGAUGAGGAGAUCAUGGCGGGCUGGUCGUCUGACGACUCUAAUCUCAACACCACCUGUCCGUUCUGCUCCGCGCCGUUCGUGCCGCUGCUAAACGCAGAGAUCUGUGACCUGGGGCCCGUCUGCAGCGUGGAUCGCAGUAACCUGAGUGCGGAGGAUGAGCUAGAGAAUAUCAUGCGUCCUCCCGCCGCUCCGGAUGACACACUGCAGCACCUGUGCAACGGCGUCAGAGAGACGGACUCCAGCUCUGAGACCAGUAGCCAAUCAGAGAGCAGCGUGCCGUCGGUGGGCGGGGCCCCGCAGGUGACGGUGGCGUACCUGAGCCCGCUGGUGCUGCGCAAGGAGAUGGAGAGUCUGCUGGAGAACGAGGGUGAGGCUGUUCUCUCUCAGGUCCAGCUGCUGGACAGUCACUCCAUCCUCUUCUGGAAUCUGGUGUGGUACUUCACUCGCCUUGCGCAGACUCUCUCUCACACACACACACUGAGAGGAGCUCAGCUGACUGUGUUUGUGUGUCAGGGGUCAGAGGGCACGGCGGUGCGUGUGAGGCUGCUGUGGGACACACUGACCCCGGAUACGGAGCAGUGGCCGCCGCUCCACAUGCUCUGGAAGAUUCACAGUGGCGUCCCCAUGCGCAGCCACAGCUGGAGGCAUCACAACCAUCCCUUCAGCCUCAGCUUCCUGGAGGAAGUGCUGCGCUGGAUCGGUCUGAACGAGGUACACAAGGCCAUCACGCUCUUCCUGGAUACAGUUGCUAAGCAGCCCGGCACUCCGCGGAUACAGAGGAGUCUGUACAGAGAGAUGCUCUUCCUCACGCUGGCCGCCAUGGGCAAAGAUCACGUCGCUUCCUUUGAUAAGCGUUAUAAGGCGGCGUAUGUGCGCUUGAGCAGUUCUCUGGGCCGAGAGGAGUUGAGGAGGAAGAGAGUCCAGCCGCCCAGUCCUAAAGCCGUCGACUGCAGACGCUGCUUCCUGCUGCCGCUGGAGUGCUGAACACACACACACACACACACACUCCGCUUGUCUCGUCUUGCCGUCGUCUUCACGCUGCUUGAGGAGGAACCGCAACAUACAGUCUGACCGCUUCUGCUGGUACGCUCACUGCAGACGCCGCUGUGCAUUAUGGGAACGCGUGACCCUUUCACCAAAAACUGCUUCUGUAUCCCACAAUGCCGAGCAAACUGACACCCAGCCGCCCCUCGGAAGAUUUCAUAGGAUCUGAUGUGGCGUUUGAAUUUACCUCGUUUAUUUCUGUUGGUUUGAUGUCAUGGAACUCAAAGAUGAAGAUCCGGUUGUAAACGCCGGAAGGCAUCAUGGGAGUUUGUUGAGAUGAUUCUGCACUGGAGUGACGCUCUGAGCUUCUUCAUGUCUGUGUGAGAUGUUUCCUGACCAGCAGAUCCAUCGUCUCCAUUCUGGACAGAAGAGUUACUCCGUAAACUAGUCUGGUCACGACUAGUUAGUUCCUCUGAACUGUGUUUGUGUGUGAGAGAGAGAGAAAGCAGCGCUGCUGUCGAUCUACAAACACAAACACAUUUUAUCAGUCGUUUUAAAGGGUGUCCUGUGAUGCGGUGUGACUGUAGGAGGAUCCUGCGACGCUCUGGGUCACCCACAAACCAGCUGGUUUUAGCAUUGAGCCGUAAUUCACACAACCGUCAAACACAUUCACCUCCAAACUCUCACUGGUGUGAAGAGCAGAUCAUUCUCUCAUUCAGACCCGUGUGACUGUCUGCAGUCAAACACACAAGAAGAGAUUCUGAGAAAUGAACCAGUGUUUUCUGUUCAUAUAAUGAAAUUCAGUGGGAUCCAGUGUUGUUUGGCUCCCAACAUUCUUCAAAAUACAGUUACAUUUAUCAAAUUAUCCAUUUUCAGAACAUUAGAAGACAUGAGGAGCGUAAAUGAUGACAGAAUGAUGAUUUUUGGCUGAACUGUCUCAUUAAAUGCACACAUCAUGGUUGAAUUUAUAGAUUUUAUUUAUGAUGUUUUCAGUCAUGUCUGAUGAUGUUUUUUUAUUUA